UAUUUUUAUAUCUGCUGAUCAGCGGAACCGGAAGAGGAAAACGCAUGGAUUAGUGUGUUUACAACUCAAAUCAUCCUGGGUGCGCUCGGCAUCACCCUACCGUCCAAAAACAGACCCAUACAAUUUGUAUUAGCAGGCUGGUGCUGCCAACGACAUAACGCAUCUUACAAUAUAGGCCAGUUUUUUGGCUUCUUUCUUUGCUGAGGACUGUUAUUGCUCUGUGAUAUCAGCCGCAGUAUCCGGUCACCCACCAUCUGUGGAAGUGGGACAAGGGAACAGAUGGCGCAUCCAAGCCGGGCUGCAGGGCUGCUGACUGUUAGGACAGCACUGGAGAUGAGUAUCAAUCAUUAAAACAAAAGGCUGUCGUUGGCUGUUGCACGGUAUCUUUUUGCAGAUUUAAGGAUGAUAGAGUGACUUGGAGAGGAGUGGGAGACAGGAAGCAUCGCAGAUCGACUAAAUUGGAUGCGCGGCGAUUCGGCCACCGGCAUCAACUUAAUCCCUUUUGACGUGUCUCUGGGUCGGUGAACAAUGGUUGACAACCGCUACGCCACAGCUCUGGUCAUCGCCUGUGUGCUGAGCAUACUGGCCACCGUGUAUCUGUCGGUGGCCAUCGGGACGCAGCACUGGUACCAGUACAGCAGCCCCACCGUGCGCGGAGAGGCCAACGUGUCUGAGCUGCGCUCCCUGUAUGAGGAGUUCAUGGACGGAGAGUUUGAUGAGAAAACCUACAGUGACACCUUGUUCCGUCUCAACGGGACUGUGGGCCUCUGGUGGCGAUGUGUACUCGUUCCUGCCAACACUCACUGGUACAAAGAGCCAGAUGCCAAGAUGUUGCUGGAGUGUCGAAGCUUCACUCUACCUCAGCAGUUCACUCCUAAGUAUAAAGAACCAGGAAACCACAACAGUGGAGAGGACAUGCUGCGCACCUACCUGUGGAGGUGCCAGUUCCUGCUGCCACUGGUGUCUCUGGGCCUGGUGGUGUUGGCAGGCCUGACUGGGUUCUGUGCCUGCCUCUGCCGAAGUCUUGCACCCACACUUGGCAUAGGUGUCCUUCACCUGCUGGCUGGUCUCUGCUCCUUAGCCACAGUUUGCUGCUACCUGGCAGGAAUGGACCUGCUCCACCGGGUGUCGAUGCUGCCCGACAAGGUGGAUGGCUCCCUGGGCUGGUCCCUCUAUUUGGCCCUCAUUUCCUCACCGCUCCACAUGAUGGCCGCCGCGCUGCUAGUGUGGGCGGCACGCAGCCACAGUCAGAACUACUACCGUAUGACCGCCUACCGGGUGGCGUAGACUUGAGAUCCAGCUCUGGAUCUCUGCCCUGUUUAAAUUCAAACUCCGCUCUGACACCAAGUGGCAUUUUAUAAUGAUCUCAGAGGAACGGGAUGUGGGUUAAUCUGUGCGUUUUUCCCUCUGAUGGAUUAAAGUGCAUGUACACCAUAGUAGUGACCCUAUCUGCUGCAUUAAAAGAUUUGAUUUUUAUCUCUCUAGGGGUCAUAGAACUGGUUUGAAAAAGGUCAACCAGAGAGAUGUGUCAACUUAACCAUAUGUUUCAGUUUAGAAUAACUUGACACUAAGCUGAAAAGCAUCAGCUGUGUCCCAGUUUCAUACUACACACUAAUUAAAUCCAGGCUUUGAAUAUGCGGUGCCUUCACACUUGAAGAGAAGGUACAUUAAAGGAUAAUUCCAGUUGAUUACAACUCAAGUCCUAUUUUUACAGUUUUGGCCAUAAUUUCUCUCGGUUAUAGUAACAUCGUACUCAUAAAGUUAACUGCUGAGAUCUGGGGGAAAAAAGAAGUCCGACAAGGCUGUUUUCACAUUCAUCUGAUGAAAGGGGAAAGU